AUGGAGCGAGCUCUAAACGCUACUGGAAGACCUAUAAUGUAUUCUUGUGAAUGGCCAUCAUACUUAUACCCCGAUCAGCUGGAGGUGAACUACACAGAAAUCCGGCAAUCAUGCAAUCUUUGGAGAAAUUUUCAUGACAUUUCCAAUUCCUGGCACUCGGUGCUGAGCAUAAUAAACUUCUACGAUAAAUGGCAAGAUAAGCUCAUUCCUGCUGCAGGACCUGGAGGUUGGCAUGACCCGGAUAUGCUUAUUAUUGGCCUCAACCCAGGAUUGACCGUUGAUCAAGCCAAGGUGCAGAUGUCGAUAUGGUAAUU